UUAAAGCCUACAUAUAUGUUUUUGGGCACGUUUUGUUAGCGAGCACCUAUGAAAGCUGGCACGGCACACGAGUCGGCGGGUUUCCAGCACCACACACGACUGCCUCUUUCUCCCUAGUGGCGAUGUUCACACACCGCACCGUCUACAAAUCUUGAGGCUGAGACGACCUAGAUAAUCGUCACUGGUGUUGGCCGUGUGCUGGAAUUGAACUCGGGAAGACGGGUUCGUAUAGCGCAACCACUACGAUACCACUCCACCUGCCCAACACACACACACAUAACAAGGGGCGCGUACACUUCAAACAGACACGUGGCUCGAACACAACACAUAACACCAACACAACAUCAUACUCACACAUACACCUCCACACACACGACUCCCACACACACACACACAACACCAACACAACAUCAUACUCACACAUACACCUCCACACACACGACUCCAACACAAUACACACACAACACCAACACAACAUCAUACUCACACAUACACCUCCACACACACGACUCCAACACAAUACACACACAACACCAACACAGCAUCAUACUCACACAUACACCUCCACACACACGACUCCAACACACACACACACAACACCAACACAGCAUCCUACUCACACAUACACCUCCACACACACGACUCCAACACAACACAACACCAACACAACAUCAUACGCACACGAACACCUCCAGCGCAAUACAAGCACAAAGGGCUCUUUGAUAUUUUAUUCCGAUUUGGACCUCUGCUUGUGACCACUAAGGUCGUACUCACUUUGUAAAUGUUGUGGCUUUGCUCUCCAACACACACUUCUUGAUUUUAAGCUUUCGUGACUGCAGGAAUCCAUACUCUUCGGUUCUUUCGGUAAAGUCACGUAGGUAGAAAAUAAAAUAAAUCACGACGUUUCGGGCGCAACACAAGCGUCCAUCAUCAGGUGGGAAAGCAUGGUCUGCUGCUGAGGAAUGUUUUGUUAACGUGACAAACCUUACUAAUUGGCCGUGAUGGGUGGUGGGUGGUUGAAUUAAACAUAUAUUUACGCAAUCUAACCCCUGUAUUAUAGUGUUUAUGCUGUUCGUCUUUUGGCGUUCCAUUGCUCGACAUCACUGGUGAGACAAAGCCAUUGCAAAGUCUGUAUCUCUGAUGCAAGUCAAUACGUUUCAAGGAGAACGAAUAGCAUUAUUAUCAAGUAUGUUUGUUUGCAUUGUUUUACCACAAGUAUGUGUGGUUAAUGCAUACUUCACACCUCGUAAUAAAAGGUGUCUAUUGUAUUUGAACAUCGGAACACCUGCAUUAUUGCCUGUUAUAAUUUUGUAUUGUCAAAUUACCAUGAGUUCUCAAGAGUAUAUAUGUUGAACAGUGCAAGUCUAGAAAGGCAUGCAAUCAAAAAUGAAGUAAACAAAUAAAACAAGCAAACAGACUUCAAACUAAAACACUUCAAGUGCUGUCGUGAGCCCCACACACACAGGAUCGUCCAGCGAGGUUUAACUCUUCACAGGGAUGGCGCGGUCAUCUCCAGAGACGAUGCUCAGCGCGCUCACGACGGAAUGCAAGGUCGUUGUUAAUGUCACCAACAACUCCAGAUACACUCUCUCCGAGCCACGAUUCUUCCUGAAGUCAGGAAUUUCCCAGUUCCCACCUAACGAACCCAUAACGCCGAGAAGAUGCGCGGUGUACGGAUUCCGCAAGAUGAGUUCCGACGUUAAAGGCUGCCACGGCAUCCUGGGCCUGCGCUUCAAGGGGACCGACGAAUAUUUGGUGCUGCUCUUCAAAAACCCGCUUUUGUAUCAACGCAGGAAGCUCGCCCUCUCCAUGGAGAACUGUGCCGGCGUUUGCGACAUGGACUUGCGGAAGCUGAGAGAGAUGACGAGGCAAGAGGCGACUGCGGACGGCAGAUUCGCGUGGUCGCGUGCAGGCCCCGACUGCGUGGUAGUGAAGAGCGAAGUACUCAGAGUUCGAGUCGAGGCAAAGAUGUCCGCAUGUCACGAGGCCAUCGCGCACGUGACGGUGAUGAAUGAUGGCGUGGACGAGCCGCGUGGGAAGAGUCCCAGGAUCAAACACUUGAUUAAGAUAUUUGAGAAUGACGCGUGCGCGGAUAAUUGAGCCAAUUGUGCAUUGAAAAUGCCAAAAUAUGCGCUGACGUAUGUACAGAUGUACGUUGAACUUCUUUCGCGCCGUACGUAGCCGACGUGCAGAGGAAAGACAAUAAUGCACGCAAAAAAAGCAACGGGUCAUUAAAUAAAUCCACCUUUUGUACGUGUGCAUUUGCAAGCCCUUUGUCAGUCUACGACUGGAUGAAGGCCUCCUCAUUCCGUAGCUGGGAACCAGACUUAGUUGGGCGGAUUCAUAAUAGCAUGCAUGCGCGAGCCACAUCCCUUCAUUCUGUACCUCCACAUUAAAAUAAAAGAGUUCCGAUCACUAUCGGUCUAUUGACCUUCCAGACUUCCGCUAACCAGUAGCAUGUCUUACACUCUAGAUAGCUUCCUGCUUUCCGGGCCUCAUCAAAUGAGUUUUGAUACAAUAUAAUGGUUGUUUAUCCUAAGAGGGUCCCCUACGUUUGAAGGGAUUAUUCUAACCAAUGUCAUUAUGUAGAACAGCAACGUUUUACAAGCACGCAAGUCUACCCCAGUUCAAAGUAUCCUAAAGUCAUGUUCUACUGGUUAACAUAAGUCCAGACUCUAGAAAACCAUAGGCAUAAUAGACUAAAUAUAGGUGUUUUUUAUGUGCAGGUGCAGUGCAGAAAUGGAAAUAUUUGUUCAACUUAUGCGCAAAAAAGCCCACAAAUUUCUUCAGUAAACGUCAAGUAAAAAAACAACGCAUCCCAUUAGAUAUUACGUUUGAUUUUGAAACAAUAUUACACAUAAGCCAUUCACAUCUUGAAAUCGCUGUGGUUCUCCACUUAUAACAGUGAGAGUGAAAUGUAAUACAUAUGCCAAGAGCUUUCUUCUCUGAAACUCUAGCUGUCUCUCAGAUGAUGGGCCCUGGCUCCAUUGGUGAUGGACCAUGUACAUUUAGGCGGUCCCUGGCCACAAAUGAAAGCUCAAAGACGUGGCUUAUUAUGUGGGAAUUUAUAUUGGCAGCCAAAUAAUCUAAACACAUGAUACUGAUUCUAAAUGUGGAGGGGAAAACCAGAGGGCCCUGAUAAAAAUCCAUUCCAUCACAGGGAGGAACACGCAAACCCCAAAUAUACAGCCAUCGUCAGGGUCGGAAUCGAACUCCAUGAGAAUGGUUGGCUAUGUAUGGUGCGAAACAUUUUCAACAUUCAUUUGUGGCCAUGUUGAUUCUGAACAAGAGCUACAGCAUCGAGAAAAAAAAGUGUGAACCCCAAUGAUUAUUAUGGAAAUUCCAUAGUUUUACCUUGAUAGCCUUUUUGAAUCAAAAUCGUUCUUUUCUUAAAUAUCCAAAAGGGUUUAUAUUAACAAAUUCCAUUUAUUAUGAAACAAAAUGAUGUAUGAAAUGAACAAACGAAGAGUAAUUCAGGUUCAGGGUAUGUGAAAAAGUAAAUGAACCUCUGGUUUCAUUCGCACCAGUAAGGUAAUAAUUAUAAUCAGGUGUUUAAAUAAUUAGGUAGAUCUUCAGGGGUGAGUUUGGGAAGCCCCGCCAUAUAUAAUGUUCAGAAACAUUGUGAGUCUGGUCUUCACCAUACCGGUGUGUGCUAAGGAAGUCAUGCCACAAAGUAAAAUAAAUCUCUGAGGAUUUCAGAAAAAAAGUUAUUGAUGCUCAUCAGCCCGGAAAGGGUUACAAAAACAUUUCUAAUGAUUGGGGCUCCAUCAAUCCACUGUCACACUGAUAGUCUACAAAUGGAGAAGUUCUAAAUCACAGCGGUAAUCAAAGACUGCACGCAGUGCUCAACACAAUGAAUGGAAACGUAUCGGGAGGGAGGAGGAGCGGCGAUCAAAGACUGCACGCAGUGCUCAACACAAUGAAUGGAAACGUAUCGGGAGGGAGGAGGAGCGGCGAUCAAAGACUGCACGCAGUGCUCAACACAAUGAAUGGAAACGUGUCGGGACGGAGGGUGAGCGGUGAUCAAAGACAUCUCGCAGCGCUCAACACAAUGAAUGGAGACGUGUCGG